CAGACGGUCAGACAUGAAGCUCCUGACGGACCCCGACCCCAAACCGUUGCAGACCUUGAUAGAACUAGUUCACUGGACCGACGACGACGAUGUUCAGUUCUCCACUCCGCCAUCUUGGGGCAAUGAACCACGUGUUUUGGUGCCGGAUGUGCCUGCAAACAUUCCAGUCUGGUUAAAGGAUGGCGACUACUGUAAAAGAAGGAAUCGAACGGUUUCACGAAACAAAACAGAUUUCCACAAAGACUACUUUAAAAACAGGAACAAGAACAGAGAUAACGACGCGGAUAGCGAUGACGACGAUUGUCUUUCAAAGAAAACGAUAGAUAACUUUCUUCUAGCAUGGCAUACUUCACUGUUGUUGUUGAGCUUUUUUUUGCUCAUCGUUGGCGUCGUCCUGAGAUUCCACUUCACUUCCAUUGUGAUCAGCUCCGUCCAAAAACUGGACAGCUAUGAAGACUACCGCCAGUUUGUGCGCUUCGAGUCUGCGCCGCGUGAGUUGGUGUUUGGCGAUAUCGUACAGAUGCUCGGCAACUCUCUGAUAAUCUUGAAUGGCGUGUACAUCAUGUGCACUGUGCUCUAUAUGAGUUACCUAAUGCACAAGAACCCCUUCACCCUGCCGUUGGUAGCUCUUGUGUCCGGCUUUGUGGUGCUGAUUGAGGUGAACAUCAUCAACAUCUAUAUGGCACCAUUCUCGCACAUCAACGAGGAGUCGAAGAGAACGCUGAAAGAUAAAAUCAGUCAUGUGUACGCUAUAGACGACAGCACCGUGUUCUCAGUCACAUACGACAUCAUCUCUAUAUGGGGCCAGUGUUGUGGUAUCAUUGACCAGUACGACUACCAGACCCUGACGCUAAGGUACAUCCAGAGGGACGCUAACUCUGUCGUCAGGCAACUUCAGGUCCCGCCUACCUGUUGCAAGAGCGAGGUCGUUAAAGAAGGGUUAAGGAAGGUGCAUGAGUGCGCGGAGGCUUCGGAGGGAAUUUAUACUGAAGGCUGUUACAUGGUACUGUAUAACUGGCUGUUGCCGUACACUAACGGCUACUCAUUAAUGGUCAUCGUUCAGUUGAUUGACAUCACCAUCCACCUCAUGCUGUACAAGAAAUCCAUCAAACAGACGCAGGAGGAACAUUCUAUCGUUAUAGAACGUCCACCUGAGGAAGACGAAUAACCACCCACAUCAAAUUUUUAAAAUAAACUCUUUAUGGGCCAGUCAAUGCUCCAUUUAGGAUUGAGUGUAAUCUUAAUCGGAACGGGAAUCAACGAACGCGUCAUUUUAAUCCAAGUAGGAACCAGCCAACUUGCGGUUUUGACCCUAAUAAGAAUGAGUCAACACAUUGUCUUAAUCUUAAUAGGAAUUAGCCAACACCUGGUAUUAACCCAAAUAGGAAUUAGUCAACUCCUGGUCAUGAACCAAGUAGGAAUUAGCCAACUCGUGAAAUUAGCCCAAAUAGG